GUUUUUAUUCCCACUCCCAGUCACAAACGGACCGUGCUGGAAUCAAGACGUGAUCACCGGGGCUAGAAGCGAUUCAUUCGAUCGAUCGGAACCGAGACUUUGACUCACACCCAUACACAUACUCGCGGCGUUCGAAAAAAAAAAUAACAACCAAUAUAUAGUACAAUACAAUUUUUUAGAAGAUUAAUUCCGAGCAUCGGCGAUCUAUAUACACAUACACCCGGUCGAGCGGGUCAAGAGGUCUAGCCAGAUAGAAAGGGAGAUCUGUGGGCGCCGGGAAGCCGGGGAGAGUGCACUAGAAGCGGAGGAGGAGCAGCUCCAGCCCUCCACAUAUCCCAGGCGAUUAGAUCCAACCGAGUCGAACCCAAAGUGCUGUGCGUGCUGGUGCCGUGUGUGUUUGUUUGAACCAAGAGCUGUGGCAGUGCCGCUUUGAAAUCCGAUGCCAGCGGCGGUUCAGGGAAUCCACGGAAUCGAGAUCGAAAACAUAAACGAAAAGGCAAUCCUGCUGGAAAACCGAGCUGCGAUGGAAACCCCCGCACGCACACAUAUGUGCGCCGUCUAGUGGGUAAUUUCCCGAGCGUUUUCCGAGCUGCCUGCUCGAACAGUUACUAAUCCGCCGCCCGAGCGCAAGCAACGCGUCCUGACAUCGUCCGGAAAAACAGUGAAUCUUGGUGCCUUGUGAAACGGAAAAUCUCAGAAAUACCGAAAACAUAUUUAUAUAUAUUUGCCGUGCCAAAGAAUUGUGAAAUCAAACAUCGAGAACCAAGUUUACCCCAGUGCUUGAGUGGUCGCCAAAAUGACGUCCCUCGUGUACACCGUCUUCCACCUGGCCUCGCUCCAGUGCUCGGUGCGUCCGGAGAUCUCGCCCUGCACUUGCGAGACGGGCAAGGCCUGGAACCAUGUGGAGCUCAACUGUGAAAAGCUGGAGUCUUUUAAUGCCGUGGUGGACAGCCUGGCCAAUAAGCUCAACCCGGACACGAAAAUCGACCUGAAGAUCACGCAUUCGCAGCUGGACGACAUGGAAAUGCGCUCGUUUACGGAUAUGAACUUUAACUUGUACAAGCUAAGGAUGCAAUGGAAUGGACUUAGAUCGCUGCCCGAGCUGCCGUUCCGCGGGUUAUCGAAUGUCACCUACCUAAGCAUCGGCGACAACGAACUCGACGAGAUCCCGAAGCACGCCCUGAGCCACAUGCCGAGCCUGCUCACGCUGGACAUCGGACGCUGCAACAUACGGGCGGUGCAGCAGGAGGACUUUCGGGGCAUCCAGCUGGUGACGAACCUGAUCCUGCCGAGCAAUAACAUAACGCGCUUGGACCGAGGCUCCUUCCCCCUAAGCCUGCUUAUCCUGCAUCUGGGGCGGAAUCGAAUAGAGUCGCUCAAUGGCUCCCUGCACGAUCUCAGUCAGCUGCAGUCGUUGUUUAUCAAUGCGAACAACAUCAGCGACCUGGAUGGGGAGCUGCCGGAUGGGAGCAAGUUGCGCCUGCUGAUGGCCCACAACAACCGACUGGAGCGACUACCGGCUAACAUGGCUGGGAUGCACAACCUGGAGACCAUGCACGUUCACUUCAACCGACUGCGCUCCUUCGAUCGUGUCCUGCGCAAUGCCGUCAAUCUGUCCGAGGUGCUGGCCGAGAACAACGAGCUGGAGUACCUGGCCCGGGAUGAGUUUGCCUCCUGUGACAAGGUGGAGAACCUGCAGCUCGGCUGUAAUCACAUUCGCUCGCUCAACUCGUCGCUGCUGCCAAUCACCAAGCUGAAAUUUGCCAACUUUUCGUUUAACGACAUUGAGGAGUUCUCCAUGGCGGAGCUGCAUGGCCUGCGCUCUCUGAGGACCCUCAGUCUGUCCAGCAAUCGCAUCGAGCGGCUUUUACCCGAUCCGCGGGGUGUGCAGGAGCUGAUUUUGCUCGAACUGCAGCUGGACAACAAUAGAAUCGACUCUCUGAACGGAGCUCUGGCGGGUCUGGGCAACCUCCGCAUUCUCAGCCUGGCCGAGAAUCGUUUGGAGCACCUCCAGGUGGGCGACUUUGAUGGCAUGCAGCGCCUGGAGAUCCUCGACCUGACCGGCAAUCAGCUGGCGGAGCUCAAGCCCAUGGAAACGACCUUGUUGCCAAACCUUAAGAUCCUCAAGGUGGCUUACAACAAUAUCACCAAACUGGAGCAGGACUUCAAGGGUUUGCCUGUCCUCUGCCAGGCCAAUUUAACCAAUAACCAGAUAUCGACCAUAUCGAGCGAACUGGUCACCAACACGCGCUGCAAAAAUCACAAUGUUCCCGGCAAGCUGGAGAUACAUCUAGAUGACAAUCCCAUCAUGUGUGAUGUGCGCCUGAACGAACUGUGCCGCUUGAUGGCCGUCCAGGAGGCCCGUAUUCGUGGCCGCUCGCAGUGCUUCGAGAACGACCAGGAGGUUUGCACCGUCCUGCCCAUGCUCUACAAGGUGGACCUGCCUCUUAUGGUGACCAAUAUAAAGCUGGUUCCCUCGCUGCUCAAGGGCAAUGAGGAGCUGCUGCCCCCCCUCAUCGCCACGCUUGGCCAGCCGCUCAUCAAUCCGGUGAUCAUUGGCACGGCUAUAGUUCCACCUCUGCCGCCGGCACUGCUGCUGACCACUACUACGCCUCCGCCGCCUCUGCCGCUACCCGUGGCGCCGGAAGUGGAAAAGAAUGAGUCUACCACAGCUACUCCUGUUACGACAAGCAGCUCCACCACAGAGGAGUCAACGACAACUUCUUCUACGACCACGACUACGGCCAGCAGUCAGGUGGCUUUGGAUCCCACAGAAGUAGUUAUCACAACCACGGCUCCUACAACCACCUCCACCAGCACCACGACUCCGAAGCCCAACGAAACGCUGCCCGUGAUUGUGGAACUGCAAGAGGCCGAUUUGGCCUCUCCAACCCUCAACGACACGGCCAAUGCAGAGGCUGGCGGAGAUCAGGUGCUUAAGGAGGACUCAGCGGUGGUGGUGCCACCGCCCGGUCUGGAGGAUCCGCUGCAGCACGAGCGAGAGAGGGAGCGCGAGAGGGAGAGGCAGCUGGAGCUAGAGCGGGAUCUCGACCACGAGGCGGUGGCCAAGACCGAGUAUGAGACGGUCGAGUAUAUCCCCAAUCUGGUGCAGCCGCCGGUGGUUGACGGUAACGAUGCGCUGACACCACCGCCCAGCAAGGCGAACGCCCUGGAGGAGGACUCCGAUGCGCAGUCCAACUCUGUGCACGCAGAGUACCCGCAUGCGGCGCAGAGCCUCCAGAUACCCGAAGAGCCGCCGGAGGAGUGAGGCAGCCGGGUGUAGGUACCGCGGGGGAUUCCCCAAAACAUUAUUUUACUGUAAAGCGCAGCGCAGGAGGAAGCAGGCGGCGGCAGGUGGCAGAGGAGCGAGAUUGGGGCGGAGCAGCAUGCAAACGGCGGGCGGAGCGAGAUUCGGAUUUGUAUGUCUUAAGUUAACUUAGUUCUUAUGUUUUAUUUAAGCCAUCGCUAAAUCGAACAGUUUGUCGGACGCUUUUUUGUUGACUAUUGUUUCGUCGAUUUUUAUUUCGAAAAUUCGAUUAUGAUUUCGGGGGUUCGACCGCACUGGAGGAGGGGGAGUACAUCGAUAUGACCCUGGACCGACGAACGAACAGAGGACCGUCUUAUGAUUUAAGCUUAUUUGUUGGGGGCUCAAUUUCGCGUAUGUAUGUAUGUGUUUUGGCGUUGGUCAACGGGCGUCUUUUGGUUUUCAAUCUCACGGCAACAAAAAUUAAACAAACUUAUGAUUUUACAAUCCUUUGGAAAGAUAUAAGCCCUUCAAGAAAAGUCGUGGAAUUAACCAGGCAAACUUUUAAAAUUUCUGAUCAUUUAAUUUGUGUCUGAAACGUUUUAUUGCAUACUUUUCACACAUUUUAAACUGAUUUUAGGACCUAAAAGCAAAUUUCUAUAUUGUUUCUUAAUUUAAAAACUAAAAUAACAUUUAAAAACCCUUUGAGAUACAUUCGUAAGAUGGAAAGCCGAAAAACGACCUGAUAGAUACCGGAUGGAGGUGGCGCCGGUGGCGAUAUCGAAUAUGCAACUUGCAUCUAUAUUUAAUAUCUGUAUACACGUAUAUAGUACUUAGAGUUAAUCGAAGGCAAAAAACAACAAAUCGCAUCGAGCUAAUGUUAAUAAUACACACACGACUCACACACACUCAAAAGAACACACACACACACCAAGAAAACGUAGUGCACACUGGCACAAACUGAAUACACACGAGAAAAAAAAAGAGGAAAAAAUAUUGUUAUCAAUUUCGUUAACAAAAUGAGAAAAUAGAUUUUAGCGUGUAAUUAUAUGAAAAUGAAAAUGGUAUU